UCACACACACACACACACACACACACACUGGACCCAAUCUUUACAAUACUUCGUAAUGUUCUAACUACAUUACAUGUAUUAUCUUUCACAGACGACGAGUGCAAAGACUUGAGCAUUGAACUCACAAACAACGGAUCCCAGUACAGAGUACCGGAGUCCAUUCUCACGUCCAACAGUCAAUGCCGAUUUACCAUCGCAAGUGACCUUGCCAAAGGUCAACAAGUACGCAUCCAGCUACAAUCCCCUUAUUUAAACGACUCUCAACCGUUGAGAAAACAUUUGCUGACUGUAAGAAAAGUGUUACCCGGGGAUGACGGAGACCCGCCGAAGAAGCUACCCAUGAUUUUUGGAGACAACUGGAUUUCGGACCAGUGGAUUUACUCCAGCUUCCCACUAGAGCUAGACCUUUCUUUUGGAUCUAAACUAUGGCAGUCUUUCAACGUCACGUUUGAAAUAAUUGAUGAACGAAUCCCCAAGUGUGGAAACACGGAUCUGACAGCCACACGUGUACCACAACGAGUGACGUCACCAUAUUACCCUGACUUCUACCCCUCAAACCUGACGUGCAUUUGGAAAAUACGGAAAUCCAGUUCUGCCCUUAUUAAUGAACACAUGGUCAUAGAAGUGGAAGCUAAUGAGCAUAAGCCAUGCCAAGGAACAGACGAAAGCCUGGUUAUUUACCACUAUUCAGAUGAUGCAACAAUUUCAGAUGUUUUAACUAACAUUGGGUAUUGCGGGUCCAGAAAGUUCUAUCAGAUGUACAUGAAUGGUUACCUCGAAGCAAGGCUUACAUCAUGGAUAUAUACCGUCGGCCCUGGUUUUAGCUUUUCAUAUUUCACAAUGGAGAGGAACGAAACCUGCAAGCAUGAGAUCAUCCUGUCGGGGAGCAACAUGCCAUACAGACUGUCGUACCAGAUUUUGCCUCAGUAUUUCACAGG